GAUUCUUCUUGGCCUCAGCUGGGGUAAUCAUCCUCGUUACAAGCCGGAAGUCCCUUAAUGAGGAACUGAAGCGACAGAAGCGAACAUUUGUCGUCGACAAAGAGUAAGUUUUUGUCAAGAUGGAUCCAGCCAGGAUCGAGGGUACGCUGUGGAAUGUUUUGUACUAUAUAACCGGAGCUGUGAACAGAUUCCUCAGCUCAGAAUCACCCGACAAUGAUCUGCUUCAAGACCCUACACUUGAAAGCAGUUCUGGUGGCGAUGCUCACAUGUUGCUCGAUGUCAAGGAGCAGCCUGACUGGAACAUUGACUUAGGUGCAGAGGAUGAAAUCAACCAAUCGGGCAAAACCACAAAAAGUACAGCACCUAAGCAAGGCGAGGAAGGUGGAGAGGAAGGAUACAAGACCACAGAUGAGUCGCAAAAGGUGAAUGACGACACAAGAAAUAAACACUUUGAUACAGAUUCCUCAGUAAAGAAGGAGGAAGAAGCUGUGGUGCAAUUCUGUAGGGUCGCUCGGUUAAGUCUUGAACAGAGGAAUACCUUGAGCUUCAAAGACAAUAGCAUUUGUUUGACAUCUGAUAAAGGAACCAGACUUGCUGCUCUUCAAAAUCAGCUAGAGCCUGAAGGACCUAAGACUGAGGAUCACAAAGAGGACAACCAGCCAACAGAUGAAAGAGUAGAGAAGGAAGACAACAGUAUAGAUGUUCAAACUUUGACGACCGAGAAACACACCUCUCCAACCACAGACAACCUAAAACAUGGCGGCCAAAUGCCAAUAAAAGCAAUACAUUUAAAUGAAGAAUCAAUUAUGAGUGAGUCAAUAAAGUGUUUCUUGGAAGAAUCAGCUACGGCAGUACCAGUAAACUCUGAGGGGGAGACAGGAUGGGACAAAAGUAUGUCUUCAAGUGUAUGUGAUGAUACUGUAAAGUUACAGGAGCUAAAUCCUCCAAAUUGGGAAGAAAGCCAAGCGCUACUUCCUGAAGACAACAAUGGGCCGGAUGGAAAUACAUCACAAAGGUUCCUAGAAGUCGGGGAUUCCAAGGAAACCCCAGACUUACCAGAAAAGGCGGAGAACAGAGAGCAAGAGAGCCUUCAAAACAGCAGCAGCAUCGUUGGAACUGAACACGAAACUAAGACUGCUAGUGCCAAAUCGGUACAGCUGAGCUUGAUGAGAAUGAGACUAGAUGCAAGUUAUUUCCUUGCAGAUGAUGACGUUAAAGACCAUCAGAAUGGGAUUAAAGUGGUUGAACUAGAACAGGGUCAAAGGUUAUUUGUCGCAACGGGAGAUAACGAGAUCAGAGGAGGAAGAUCAAAGGAGUCAAUUAGAUUGGGCCAUGAGAAACUCCUUGAUGCACAGGUAGAGCAUGGACAGAUGACUGAGGACAUGGCUGGAUCAGAGCUUGUAGAAGACACAGGACUCACCACAGAACAGGGCUAUGAAAAGAAAGACAAAGUCACAAAAUCUGAAAUUGUUGACGGACUGGAAAAAGAAGCCCAUGUAGCUACUUAUUUUACUGAGGAAACAGUCAGCCAACAUCAAGAUGUCCUUGACUUGUGGAUACAGAACUCCUUCUCAAGAGACCAUAAUCAGGACCAGAUAUCAGAGGACAAACCUGAGGAUGUCAGAUGCAUCUGGGAGAAGCAAGUAGGCUACGAUACAGAAAGCUUCACUGAGAUAUCAUCAUCAUGGAACGCAGAGUUAGGGUUCUCGGAUCAGUCCAAUGACGAAUGCGUUUGCAUCGAUGAUGCAACAAAUCCUCCUUUUGCUGCUGAGGCUCGAAAGCUUCUUGAUUCGAAUGCAACAGAGAGCCGUCAGUUGCAUUCAGGGUUGCACAGAAGUGGCUCAGAAGCUUCAUUGGAGGAGUUGGCAAGAUAUUCUCAACCCUUAAAGGCAAAGUUUACUGAAUUUGAAGAUCACAUUCAGGUGAGCGGCUUUGAUUUGAACUUUGCCCCGCAAAAGUCAAGGAUCGCCCUGAAAAACCCACAUGUGAGACCGCCCAAAGAUCCACGCUCCCUUCUCCAAAGGCCCUCAGUGGAUCCUGUGUUUGCCCCACAUCCAGCAACCAAGAUCCCUGCUGGUGUGCAGGUGUUGGGAGGACUGGCAUUUGGGAUCAAACUGCCAGGACUCUAUACAGGCUUUCCUGCUCUAAAAAAGUUACCGAAGAAAGAAGCAGAGUUAAAACCAGAGAACGGUGAAACGCCCAAACAAGAAGAGUUGCCGCAAAAACCUAAAUGGAUGCCAAGACAGUCCGGAUUUGGAAAUCCAUUUAUGUCAGAGCUCAAGACCAAAUUGAAGAAAUCCACCAAAAAAUGAGAGUGGUUGUACUGUGAAUAUCUUGAAUAUAUUAUGGAAUAAUACUUUACGAUGUCGCUGUAUAGAAAAAGUGUUUACAUUUUGUUAUAAACUUAACUAUAAAUAUG